GUGAACAACUAUGGUUAAUAAAUUAUUUUGAAAUUAAUUAUAAAAUUAAUGAUUGAAAAUCGUAUCUAGAUCUCUUUAUAAUCUAGUUUGUCUCUUGCUUUUAUUAUGUCCAAUAGCAGUGAUAUAACAGUAAACCUUCGCGUACCUUUCCCGACCAAUCGAGAAGCGCAAAUAGCCUACGACGUAUUGAGGGUAGAUACCGAACCAAAGCGUAGUUUCAUCGAAAAAAACAUCAAACUUGAUGGUAAUCAGUUGCUGGUUGAAUUUCGCGGGCAGCAAGCUAAAAACGUCCGCGUCGGUGUAAACUCCUUUUUUGAAUCGUUGCUACUCUGUUGUGAAACACUGCAGCAGUUCGGACCACCGGUAACGGAAUCAUAUAACCACUAUUAG